GCGCAGCAGCACUGGCUGUCGUUGUUGAUGGAUGUACUGCAAUUGAUAUUCCGAACAAUUAGAAGUGUUAGACCACCUUGUUCCAGCUAGCGACAGAUUAAGAUCAACCAUUAACUGCAUCUCUUUCAGGAUACCAUGUCGGCCCAUUAUGGACAGUUUCCCCCUGGGAGGGGACUGUCUCCUAAUGCCGUGGAGCUCGGACAGCAGAUCACCUUGGCUAGACAGCUCCUGAUGAAACAGAAACAGGCGGAAUCCAGAGCAGAUGCAUUUUUCAAGAAACGCUCUUCCAUGAGGCCGGCGGCGCAUAUCUUGCCGAUGAAGAAAGAUGAUGCCAAGAGUGGAAAGAGUACUACCUACUUGAGUGUGGCAGAUGAUGAAGAUCUAGAUGAUAUUUCUUUGCACAAGCCGGGAGGAGAUAGUAGCCGCAGUCUCUACUCGGGGAUGUACACUUCACGGAGUGAGAAAAGAAAUCAACAGAAUAGUCCUCUUGGAUCAGCAAGAAAGACUGGUGAUGAAUUGCUUGAGAAAUGGAAAGUGCAGAGCGAGAUGAGAAGAUUAGAAGGUAAGCUUCAAGAGAAAACAAAAGAAGUAGCCAUGCUGGAAACACAAGUCAACCACACUCUCAGAGCAGCUCAAAGUAAAGAGAGGAAUUUAGCCACAUUGAAAGCCGUAUGGGACGAGACAGCAGCCAAGCAGUCUAGAGCGCGCCAACGGCUACGCCAUUAUAUAGACGACCUGGCUGAUAGGGCCGAGAAGGCAGAAAAUCAGGUGGAGGACUUGAAAACAUCGCGUACAUUAUCCAGAACUGCUUCUAUUUCGAGAUCCAGUGAUGGUUACAAAGCGAUGGACAGACUUGUUCCGUCACACGAUCACUAUGUACCAGACCCAAAUAUCACACUCAGUAUGUCCAGAAAGACCAUGCCACACCAGUAUCCACCUGAAGAUCAUAGUGGUCUUCCAAGAAAGCCUUUAGGCAGAGACGGACUGUUCCCGUCGCAAGGCCCUGGACAUGGUCUUAUGGCGGGACCGGUAGAUAUCGCCAAAUCUCCCUCUGGAUACAGUCACCUCGUUGAAGAUCCGAUUCAGGCCAGCCGCGCUCCGGAAGUCAGUCAUGUGCCUCACUUGCAGUCAGCCGUGCAAAGGACAUUACGGAAUGCUUCAUAUGAAACCCCUUCAGCCAGUGUGUCCUUGGGGAUACCUUCUGAUGGUGGAGACCUAUCGGCUUCUCAGUGGCCCAAGACAUCAUCCUACAUUCCAGCAGCAUCUUCUAUCAAUGACAGGGAUCCCAUCUUCAAGGAUGAGAACAACUGGAAUGACAUGGACUUCCUGGAGGAAGUCAUGGAGGAUGUGGUGAGGAAACGUGAAGAACAACAAAGACAAAGUCGCCAUGACAACCCACGUGCUUCGCCCACAGCUGUUAGCAGAGGCUUCUCCCCUCUUCCUUCGCACGGUGUUGAUUAUUCCCGUCAGAGUCCAGAUUAUAGAUAUGAUGACCCCGGAGUCAUGGAUCAAGAGAGUGGAUCUGAUGUUUCAGUGACAUCGGUGUCUCAGUGGUCGGAGGAAGGACGUGCAACUUAUCACUAUAGGAGAGGUAAAUUCCUACAUCAUUUUGAGCCAAGAAAGCGACGAGUAAUCCUCUUCCUAGUCUUUUCAUACCUACGAACCUCCACCAAAAUGAAGUGUGCUAGUGUGUGCAGAGAAUGGCGAGAUGUAUGUCACCAACCGGAGUUGUGGCAGUAUGUCCACCUUCGUAGCAGGCAGAUAUCCUCCAAGUUUCUGAAGACUAUAUCUGUAUGGUGCACACAACUGAAGUGGCUAACCCUAGAAAAGCUUUCAUCCAGAAACCGAAGAGAUGAUGAAAGUCAUGAUGUCUACCUCAAGAAAAUCAGAGGUUGCUUAGAACCAGGACUUGAAGCACUUUUACAAUCAGCCGGCAGUGAUCUUCUUACAUUCAAGAUUGUUGAUUGUCCAUACAUUAUUACUGAAAGGGUACUGUGGCUUGCCAGCUGUCAUUGCCGGAGCCUUAUGAGCGUGACAUACAUCAGCAAGACAGAUCCUGUAGGGUCAGAGGUCAUCUGGGCACUUGGAGCAGGAUGUCGUCAGAUUCAAUCUCUGAAGAUACCACCGAAACAUCCCUGUGAGAAACCUAAGAGGUUUAACAGUGCCUGCGUUGCUAUGAUUGGACGCUGUUGGACUCAACUCAAAGCCCUGAGUGUCGGGGGACCCAGUGUCAAAGUGGAAUCACUUUCAGUUGUUGUAAGGUCAUGUGCCAAACUACAGGUGCUUGAACUAGAUCACAUGAUCAAGGUAACGGAGGAAAAGGCAGUCGAGCUGUGCCAAGAUGGAUUACGAGGUCUCCAUACUCUUAUUCUUAGACAUACACCCAUCACUCCUUCAGCUAUAUUACAUUUUAAUGGUGCUUGUCCACAGCUGACCAGGAUCUCGGUCCAUCUAAGUCUGUCCGAUUUCUUCCCUUUGCCUGCUAGUCCUGGACAGAGAAAAGAAUUCAGUAAAGCGAUUGAGACGCUCUUGGUUUUAAGCAAGAAAAGGUCUUUAGAAAACACCCUUCAGGUCAGAGCAGACUACAAGUAAAACUUCCAAGUAUCCCUCCUUCACUGCCAUUCCCAACCCUGGUUCCAGUUUUUAAUGACAACAUUGAUGUUAACUUUGAUAUCAAUUGUCAUUUCUGUAGCAACCUUUAUUUUUAUUGGCUAUUGUUACCGUGGUAGCGUCAUUGAAGGAAAGUGUCCAUCAUUACUUAAUUUAUGGGACAGGCCCAUGUGACUAAAAUGUGAGGCAUUGGAUUUGGAAAUUAAUAAAGUGGCUUUGAUGGGAGGAAAUUAUAAUUUGAAGACAAAUUUUCGGCAUUAGUCCUAUGUGUUUACGAUCGCAUGCUCGAUCUGUUAUGAAAAUCAUAAGUCAGAAAAAAAUUGGAACCAGUUGGAUUCGAACCUGCCAUCUACUGCUUUCCGGGCAGCUAAUAAACCACCAGGCUAUUCUGGUUCACGGCUAAGUCACGAUGAACUGGAAUUCAAAUACCCUAGAUCCUCUUCUUUCUAACUCGUUAAAAUAUGAACAUGCAGUCCACCGUGGACUAUAGAUAGUAAAUAAAGGGGUUUAAUAGGAGGAGAUCUACAAUCUUAUCCGAAACAUGUGCUCUAAUCAACUGAGCUAUGCUGCCUCUUUGUCUACUAACCUUUGGUCUCGUUACUAUUUAGCCCAUUUACCAUUUCGUAUAAUCUUUAUUUUUUGUUUGAAGUGUUCAAGUUCUGCCAUGUUUUAGAUAUUUAAUUGUGAAAUAUGUACCGGUAAAUAUCAAUAAAAAUCUCAAAAUUCAUUUUGGGAGACUUAUUGUUGAUUUUUGGGUGGCUGCACGGUCACAAAUAAAAGAAUCAUAACAAAAUCUGUGCUUAUAAUCCCCCACCUUCAUUCCAUUUAAAUCAGUGGUACUUUUACAGUUUCUUUGUUCAUUUAUCUAGAAAUUUUUGAAGAGUAAUGCUUCAUUUAGUAAAUGAUUCAAUUAAUUGUCAUUCUGUGUACUUACGUUUGAAUUUGUGAAGAAAAGGUAUCAACAACCCUCCCCACCACCAUUUUUCAGGAUUUAUCCACUGAUAAUUUUGUUCUCAAUUCAGCCAUUCACAUUCCUUAUGCUGCAGUCACAUUUCCCCUACGGGGGCCAGACGGCGAGUUGAAAGCAGCCUUUAUAUUUAUUUUUAUUCAACCCACCUAUAUUUAGCUGGUAAAAAAAAAUGGCUGUUUUCGACUCGCUGCAUAGCCGCCGUAGGGGAAAUGCGACUGAGGUGUUACUGCUCUAGUCAUAUUUACUUCUCUGUUUUGUCAGUUGUUGUCUUUCAUGUCUGUAUUGCAAUAUUGUCCUGAAACCAUUCUCAUAACACACAUUCGCAAUGUGAUGUACAUUUAGGAUAUAUUAUGAAUAAAAAUGAAUUUAUUGGUGAAUAUGUGUUCUAAUCUAAAUUUGUAUAUUAAUGAACAGCAACUCUAUUUAAAGACUCUACUAGCAAGAUUUAGUAUGUAUAUUUUUGUAGAUCAUUUUGCAUAUUGUACUGGUACAGAUGUGUAAAGAUAAGUAUUGGAUUGUAAUAUUGGAUUGGAAGCACGUAGCUGGGGGGGGGGGGACGAAAAAGAAACCCAUGUUCUCGGCUUCUAAAUAUCUAACAAUUUUGACUGAUGACCUCCUUUUUUUUUGGCUCAUCAAAUUUUUCAACCAAGGAAUAGAAGGAACUGUACUCCUUAUUUGAAAGCCCUGGCUACGUGGCUGGAUUGAAUUGUAUAUUUUUGCGUCUAAAAAGCAAUAAUAUUAAUAUAAGUAUUGGAAUUAUUUACUGUAGUCUGUUGGUGCAUUAUUAUGAUCUCUAGUAUUUGAUGCAAAGGCAAACAUUUAUCUGUUUCACAGAGAAGAAUUGGUGUGUUGAAAAAAUAAAUAUAUAUAUUUUGUUUUUCCA